AUGGAGCGGGCCCGGGCGUCUCCCGAACCGUCGCGGAUACCCGUGUUUCGAAGCGGGCAGGACAGCGGACCGUGGCAGCUGCUCGAGUCCAAGCUAAAGCGACUCGACGAGCAGCAGCCGGCAAAGCCGGACCCGUACGCGCGGCUGCUGGCCGGCAUCUGCAAGGACAGCGUGCUCCUCCUCAAGCAGCUACAGACCAGCGCCGACAGCCUGCGGACCGAGAGCGCCGGGCUCAAGCAGCAGCUCAGGAAGGCGCAGCAGCGGAUCGACGAGCUCGGCGCAGCGGACACUCAACUGCGGGAGCUGCGCGCCGACUUGGCGCGGCUCGACGCCAGGAGCGACGCAUCUUUCGAGGAGCUACGCGGCCAACUGCGCGCCCUGGGAGACAAGCAGAGCGAGCAGGCCCGCAUGUUGGACCGGAUUCCCGACGCCCAAGAGCUGAGCCGGCAAGUCCGCCAGGACGUGGCUGCUGACCGAGACUCGGCGCUUUCCCGACUCGAAGCGGAGCUGGAGAAGACGUCUAGCGAGACCGGGAAGCAGGCGGAGGAGCUGCGGACGGAGCUGCGCGUGCUGGCGGACCGGCUGGUCCCUCUGGAGUCCCUGCACCAGGUGGCCGAGGUCCGGCAGCAACUUCUGGACGAGGCCGAGCUGGCAGGCGCGCAGCGAAGCUUUCAAGAGCUGCAGCUGCUCCGCGGCGUGCGGGAGGCCCCCUUCCGAUGGCAGCUGGCAGGCUAUCAGAGACUCCGCGAGCAGGCGCGUCGUGAGGGCCAACUACGCUUGUACAGUCGGCCGUUCGGCAUCGAGCGGGAGGGAGCCGUCCGCUGUGUGCUCCGGCUGGCAGCGAGCGUCGGGGUACCGGCGGGCCAAGAGGGGGGCGACGCCGUUCAGAUCGGGCUCGAGCUGCUCCACUCGGCCAAGCUGAGCAAGAAGUUCGACUUCUGCCUGCGGCUGCUGGACCGCUCCGGUCAGGACAGGCACCUGGUGAAGACCUUCUCGUCGUCCGAGCUGAUCGUGCCUCGCUACUGGUUCUCUCGGCCGGCAUCGGGGCUGGUCAGCUUCGCGCUGCUCGUCUCCGAACAGAGGUUGCUCAGGGAGGGACUGCUCUUCAAGGACACGCUUUCCGUCGAGGUGGGCAUUUUGUGAAGAACAAUAAACGAAUGAAUACCUUCCUUUCUGAGACUCAACCGCGCCCCUCCAAUGCGUCCCGCGUGCCGGAGCGUUUCUGCUGUGGCGCGCGCUGCACGUGGCCCCUUCAAUCGAACACGUCCUCCAAAGUAAGUUGGUCGAGCGUUCCAAAUAGCGUGCGAUGGAGCCCGAAGAUUGUGGAGGGGGUCGCGCAAGGGGGCGAUCUCGAGGUCGUCGGAAGUUGCUGGCCGGCUCCCUGGGCGACCACGAGUCGCAGCGGAGGCCUGGCGGCCUCGCCCAGCAAAUGCGGCAGCUGUCGUUGGAGCCUUCGGGACCAUUCGAGUCGGGCGACUCAAGCCCCGAGACCGACGUCACCGGGUGCGGCCGAGGCGCUCGCCGGAAGCCUCGCAACGAGGUGUCGAUGCUGGCGACCCGACCGAUCCACGUAACCGACAAGACCGGCACCACGGGCCGUCCAAUCAGGUUGGUGGCCAACUACUUCCGGCUGCUGUCGUUGCCUCAGUGCUGCGUGCACCAGUACCACGUAGACUUUGUCCCGAGCGUCGAGUCGAGCAGAAUGCGGCGUGCCUUAGUAGGCGACCACCGCGAACAGUUCGGCCGUUGCUACGUGUUCGAUGGGAUGUCUGACCUGAAGACGCCGAGCCGGCUAGAGCAGGAGGUGACGGAGCUGUGGUCACGGAGGCGUAGCGACGGAGAACAGGUAUGCAUUCGCGUUAAAAGGGUCCAGGAGCUGGCGCCAAACAACCCGGACCUGCUGCGACUCUUCAACACGCAGAUGCGCCGAAACCUGGAGCACCUAGACUUUGUGCAAAUCAAUCGGCACUACUUUGACAAGCGGGCUGUGUCUGCCAUUCCCCAGCAUGGACUCGAACUUUGGCAGGGCCUUGUGACGGCCAUUGGGCAGCAUGAGACCGGAGUUAUGAUGGUAACAGACACGGUCCACAAGGUGCUGCGCCGUGACACUGUCCUCGACUUGCUCAUACAGAUCUCGGCGACAGCGCCCACGGGCUACCGCGAGGAAGCCAUCCGCCGCGUGGCCGGGGCUAUCGUCAUGACGCCGUACAACAACAAGACGUACCGCGUGGACGACAUCGACUGGGACCAGAACCCACAAUGCAGCUUCGACACCAAGGAGGGACCCAAGACGUACGUGCAGUACUACCGCGCCCAGUACGAGAAGCGCAUUCGAGACCCGAACCAGCCGCUGCUCGUGUGCCGACCGCGCGAGAAAGACUUGCGGGUCGGACGUACGCACAACAUCUACCUGGUGCCUGAGCUCUGCGUGCUCACGGGACUCACGGACGAAAUGCGCGCCAACGUGGCCGUCAUGCGGGACUUGGCCCAGCACACCCGCGUCGAGCCGCCACGUCGCGUCCGCAACUUGCUCGACUUCAUCGGGCGCGUCAACGGCGACUCCAGCGUGAGCCACGAGAUGCACCAGUGGGGGCUGCAGUUCGACGGCCAGCUGGUGAGCAUCGACGCCCGCGUCAUGCCGCCCGAGUGGGUCAUCCAGGGCACCCAGAACUACCGGUACGGCGCCAACACGGCCGACUUCUCGCGCGAGAUGCGCGACAAGCGAAUGCACGUGGCCAUCACGCUCGACUCCUGGAUUGUCAUCUGCCCUAAGAGGGACGAGCAGAAUUGCGCAGAGUUUGUGCGCAGCCUAAUGAGUGUCUGCCCUCCCAUGGGUCUGCGGGUCACCGAGCCGCGUCUGCUCGAGCUGGAAGACGACCGGGCCGGCAGCUACGUCCGCGCGCUUCAGCAGCUCAGCGGCCUGCAGCUGGCUCUUGUGAUCCUGCCCAACAACCGGAAAGACCGCUAUGACAUGAUCAAGAAGCACGCCUGCGUCGACCUGGGCCUGCAGACGCAGGUGCUGCUCAGCCGGACCAUCGGGAACCGAAAGAACGUGCGCUCGGUGGCCACCAAGGUGGCGAUCCAGCUCAACUGUAAGCUGGGCGGACAGGCCUGGUGCCUUGAGAUCCCGCUGGCGUCCACCAUGGUCAUCGGCUACGACACGUACCACGACUCAAGUCAGCGCGGCCGCUCGGCGGGGGCCUUUGUGGCCAGCCUGAACAGGACCUUCACGCGCUGGUUCUCCCGGGCGUCCUUCCACGCCAGCCACCAGGAGCUGGGCAACUCGCUGGCCAUUCAUCUCCAGGACGCUCUCAGGCAGUACGGCUGCGAGAACGGCGGCGCCGUGCCCGAGCGCAUCCUCUUCUUCCGCGACGGUGUCUCGGACGGCCAGAUUCCCCAGGUCCGCGAGUGGGAGAUCAACCAGAUCGUGGCGUCGCUGGACGCGCUCUUCCCGGGCAAGGAUCACAAGCUGGCGUUCGUGGUGGUCACCAAGCGCAUCUCGACGCGCCUGUUUGCCGUGACCAGCUCGGGCGGCUACGCCAACCCCCCGCCGGGCACCGUGGUCGACUCGGAGGUGACACGGCCCGAGCGCUACGACUUCUUCCUGGUGUCGCAAAGCGUGCGCCAGGGAACCGUGGCGCCCACGCACUACAACGUCAUCUACGACACCACGGGCCUGAAGCCCGACCACAUGCAGCGGCUCUCGUACAAGCUGACGCACCUGUACUUCAACUGGCCGGGCACCAUUCGGGUGCCCGCGCCCUGCCAGUACGCACACAAGCUGGCCUUCCUCGCAGGCCAGUCGUUGCACACGGAGCACCACGUCCAGCUAGCCAACACCCUCUUCUACCUGUGAAAUAAAAGCCCUUUGUCUCA